GGGGGACAGGUGCCCCCGGUGCCCUUGGACUAUCAGAGGCGGACAGGACACACACAGGACACACCAUGAGGGGCUUAUUGGUGUCCCACUCCCGGACCCUGGCGCGAUCCUUCAGCUCCAGCCCCCGAAACCACUUUAUGAAUAAAGUGGCUGAAAAACAAAAGCUCUUCCAGGAGAACAAUGACCUCCCAGUCCACCUGAAGGGUGGCGGCAUGGACAGUCUCCUGUACAGGUUAACAAUGGCCGUGUGUGUGGGAGGCACCUGUUACAGCCUCUUCUGCCUUGGCUGGGCUUCCUUCCCCCACAAGAAGUGAGACUGGAUUCCAGGACAAGCCUGCAGAGGAAAGGCCUGGCAGGCCGGGGUGGGCCUGGGGCUAAAUAAAGUCUCAGGCUGGGAGAAAGCCAAUCCACAA